GAUAAGGAAAGCGCGGAGAACAUGUUGUGGAAGCUGCUUUUCUGCGUUUUGCCACUGGCUUUGGCUACAUGUCCUUUCGGCUAUGUUUAUCAGCAGCAAACCAACAGAUGCUACAAAUUUGUCACUGCCAAGCAAGCUUUCUAUAUGGCUGAAGAAAGCUGUCAGGAGACGAACAGUCACUUAGUAUCCAUUUACAGCUCCGUGGAGAACACUUGGCUGUCUCAGUAUGCUGUGCAACAAGGAAUCAAGGGACCCUUCUAUACGGGAUUAAAUCGCCUCAUGAAUAGUCAGUGGUCAUGGACAGAUGGGAACUCGGUUAAUUACACGCGUUGGGCUCCAGGUUCGUUGCAAAACAUCUUCUAG